CCGCUGCUGUUAGACUCGUUGGUGCCCAACAUGCUGCGUGUGAACCAGGAGCUGCCAGAACUCAUGUCUGAUGCUUCUGGAACAUCAGACACCUUGAGCUCUCCACUAUCUGGAGACUUUGGUGCUGUUGUUCCAAAGGUCAUAUGUGAAGUUAUAUACAUGGUGUAUCUGUAGCUAAAGUCAAAAUGUCAUGAGUUUGACUCCUUGAAUUCACUACUCCUAACAGUGUCGAUCAGCAGCUGUUUGGACAUCUCUCCACCUGUCUUGUGUCCAACAGUCGCUGGUAUGCUGAUGGUGUCCUACCACAGUGUGAGAGGUUCCUCCAAUUGGUCUCUCCACUGCUGUCAGACACGUUUGACUCGGAGCCGCCCUGCAUGCCGACUGGUAAACUGCAACUGUCAGAGAUGACGCCUGACCAAGCCACUGAUGCUCCUGGAGUGUCGGAGACCUGCGGUGCCGUUGCUGUGGUUCACAACAGGUUUGGUAACGGUUUGGGUAUGACUGGAAAUAUGAACACCUCCAAGGUAGGAGAAAUCUCUUCAUUUGUCAAGGAUUUCGCUGUUAUUGACACAUGUAACCAUUUAGAAAUAAUUGUGGUUUUGAAAAGCAAUCAAAAAACACAUCUGUUCUCUUCUCAGGUGACGGUGGUUAUGGAUGGUGCCUUUGUGUCUGUGUCCUGCUGCUCCUCUGAUGACACCAUAACUGUGAUCGUGAAAAUCCAGGAGGAUCUUCUCCUUUACAGUGAGCGGCUCCUCGUUUUUAACACGAUUGCGGUUCAAGCGAGGAGGACCUCUGAGGACACAUCCAGCCCUCACCUGGCAAUACAGCCUGUUCCUGAGAGUGACCAAAUUGUGGCAGAUACAGUCCAGCCCUCAGCACCAUUUACCAUCAAGCCAGUGUUGACCACCCUGAAGGAGACGUGGGCUUCUCUGCACAUGGCCUCUCAAACGCUGCACAUCUCACCUGUCAGCGCUGAUGACGUGACCAUUGUGACACGGGCUCAUGUACAGCAGCAGGUGAGUUCCUCUGAACAGUCACGGAGAACUCUUUGUGGUUUUUGGCUCAAUAAGCUGAGCGGUUGUAGGAGUCUGGGAGGUCUAAACUGCCCCACCACCAAUGAUCUCCUGCGCUUCUGCACUCUGAGGAGAUUUCAGCAGGUGUGACAGAGCAAGUGGGAUGCUGCAAAUUUGUGAAAAAAGAACCCCCCAAAAAACGAAACAACAAUAAUGUAACAUAUGUAACAAAUUUUGUAAAUAAUUUCUUGAUUUAUAAGUUCAUCUUUUGUGCAUCAACAAAUGUUUAUGUAUCAAAAGGUUUUGUUUCAGGAUCUUAUUUUUUUAUGUAACAGAGUUGUUACAAAUUGUAAAUAUGAUUAGUUAUCUGCUAAUUCAUUUUGUGCAGAAAAAAAUGUGUUGUGCAAUAUAAAAUAUUUUUGUGCAUGAAACAAUUUUGUGCGAGAAAAAAUAUUGUUAUGUAACAAAAUAUAUU